AUGGAAAAAGGCCCUUUGGGCUGUCUCUGCCACCAAGUGGACACUGUUGACGGGCUAGUUUUCGAGAUAGAGCUGCGCCAGCUGCAGCAGCAGCCCUCCGGGGGGCCCCCAGAGGGGCCCCCCUGGGGGGCCCCGGAGGGUCCCCCGGGGGCUCCCCCAGGGGCCCCUAGAGAGCCGGGGGGCCCCCAAGAGCCUUGGGUGUACCCUGGCAAUCUACAGUGCGCACAGGAGUACUCAGGUGACCCUCAGGGGUACUUUGGGGGACCCCAGGGGUACUGGGGGGCCCCCCAAGGGUACGCAGGGGGCCCCCACGAAGACGUGGGGGCCCCCCAGGGUCACCUAUGGGGGCCCCCAGGAGGGUCGGGGGCCCCACAAGGGUACUUGGGGAGCCCCCAGGAAGACUUGGGGGGCCCCCAGGCGUACUGGGGGGCCCCCCAAGGGUACUGGGGGGCCCCCCAAGGCCUCUUAGAUGAGUGUUUAGGUGUAGAGACAGCUGGGGGGUGUUGGAAGGAAGAGAAGUUUGUUGUGGGCUGGCAGCAAAAGGUAUUUAGUCAAAUGUGA